AACCCAAUUAUCGUCCAAUCAUCAGAUCACCAAAUCCAUCUUUACGUACAAUCACACAGGCGCAAACACAACGCAUACAGUUCUUGGUCUCUAACUUUCUGAUCAGCUCCAGCAAGAGCUCUUGAAGUCUUGUUUCUCGGUCGAUCCGCAUGGCUCCAGCUCGAGUUCUUGCGGUCGUGUUGCUCGCAGUAGGCUGGGCGUUGGCCGUGGCCACGGAUGACGUAGCGACCGUUUCAUCGUCGGCUCCGGCGCCGACGGGAUGGCUGAAGGCGAAUGCGACGUUCUACGGCGGCGCUGAUGCCUCCGGCACCAUGGGUGGCGCGUGCGGGUAUGGAAACCUGUACACGCAGGGGUACGGCACGCGCACGGCGGCGCUGAGCACGGCGCUGUUCAACGACGGCGCGUCGUGCGGGCAGUGCUACAAGAUCGCGUGCGACCGCAAGACGGCGGACCCAAGGUGGUGCAAGCCCGGCGUAACGGUGACCAUCACGGCCACCAACUUCUGCCCUCCCAACUGGGAGCUCCCCAGCGACAACGGCGGGUGGUGCAACCCGCCGCGGCCGCACUUCGACAUGGCGCAGCCGGCCUGGGAGAAGAUCGGAGUCUACCGGGGAGGCAUCAUCCCCGUCAUGUACAGAAGAGUUCCUUGCAUGAAGCGGGGUGGGGUGCGGUUCACGAUCAACGGGCAUGACUACUUCAAUCUUGUACUGGUGACCAAUGUUGCAGCCGCCGGCUCGAUCAAAUCGAUGGAUGUCAAGAGUGCGGAUUCGACUGAUUGGAUGCCAAUGGCACGUAAUUGGGGCGCAAACUGGCAUUCUCUUGCAUACUUUACUGGGCAAAUGCUCUCAUUUAGAGUCACCAACACAGAUGGCCGUACUCUUGUAUUCACAAAUGUGGUGCCACGAGGAUGGAAGUUUGGCCAGACAUUCGCUAGCAAGUUGCAAUUCUAAGUGUGAAGGAUCCCGUGCGGGAUUUCCUGGUCAAAAUGCUUGGGAGUUGCUUGUGUUCUACACUACGUGCAUUACUUGCAUAUAGAUAACGAUUCAACUGCUAUGGCUUGAAUCUCUCGUCUUUUUAAUUGUAUGUAUUCAUUUUAUAUAAAUUUUUAUGGUGUACAUAAGGAUUUGUAUGCAUCGUUUAAAGUUAUUUUUAACCCAAUUAUGGUAUACUUGAUGUAAAUGAACCAUGGUUGCUUGCGU